CCAAAAGCACAGGUGCAGCUGCAGGUGGAGGAGAUUCAAACAUAUAUAAGUCUGAUGGGUCACACACAGAAGACAGUGAAGACUGAGGAACAUUUGAAGACUCUCAUUCAUCGGUAUCUCCAACAAUAGAAUGAUUUCAGAGCAGAGAGAGAUGAAGAGUGUUCUCUCAGUGAAGAUGUUGGCUGUGUUGCCUCUGGUUCUGUUGGUGUCCAGUGUGACUGAGGGACGGAUUAUGAGUAAAUGUGAGCUAAAGGCCAAGCUGGAGGCUGCACGAUUUCAAGACUUUAAGGUCAUGGGAGAAAAAUUGAGCACAAAAGAUCUUGUCGCUAGACUUGUCUGCAAGGCUAAAGCCUCUGGCUUCAACACCAACUUCAUGAAAACCAUCAGCAACUACUAUGAAGAGAACAAUCCCGAUGACGCCCCACCUCAGUCAUCCACCUCCACCUUAAGGCCUACAUCAAUCUUCACUUCAAGGGCCACUAGCUCCACCUCAAGUACCACCUCAAUGUCUACAUCAAGUCCCACAAUAAGACCCACCACAUUUUCCACUUCAAAACCCACCAUAGGCUCCACCACAGGCUCCACCACAAGACCAACCACAGGCUCCACCACAAGACCAACCACAGGCUCCACCACAAGCCCCACCACAGGCUCCACCACAAGACCACCAUAG